CCUUGCCUUACCUUACCUUACCUUGGCACCAUACCUAGGUGAGGGGAGAUUUUCAGGCCAGCCGUCACAGAGACAUUCACUCGCAGCGAAUGAAACAUGUCUGGCCCUGCCACGAUGACGACAGACCUCACCCUCUGCUUGCAAGCAAGCUGGGAAUUAGAAGCACUGCAGGUGGUAAAUUAGCCAGUCAUCUCAGGUCCUGUGACCAAAGAAACCGGCCGCAUCUUGACGGCCAGCGCAUCAACACACCACCAGCCACCACAAUACCUUCCUAACCGUCAUUCACAACGACUCGAGCAGAUAAUCACUAAGGUAC